AUGUCAGACACCACAGCUGGUAUAGUGGUAGCUGAUUUAGACACAACUAAUCCACUAACAGCUGCUGUGGCCGCGAAAUCACUAAAAACAAACGACACCGGCAUUCUUAGAGUUGUUAAAGACUGUGCAAGCGGGACAUUUGGUGGUAUUGUGCAAGUUUUCAUUGGACAGCCUUUUGACACAGUAAAAGUACGUCUACAAACACAACUAAUUCCAUCACCCGGACAAAAGCCACGCUAUAGUAGUUUACUUGAUUGUGUAAAAAAAACAAGACAGCAAGAAGGUUUUACUGCUUUCUAUAAGGGUACAACAACGCCAUUAGUUGGUAUUGGCGCGUGUGUAUCAAUCCAAUUUGUAAUUUUGGAACAUAUGAAACGUGUUUUUAACGAAAGAAAUGCAAAUAAAGUUGUAAAAGAGAAUGUAGGACUUUCUUUUAUUCCAUUGAAUAAUCUUCAAUUGUAUUGUGCGGGUGCUUUAGCUGGAACUGCGAAUUCUUUUGUGUCGGGGCCAGUUGAGCAUAUUCGUACUCGUUUACAGGUUCAAACAAAAUCAGCACCAACAACGAUUUCUAAAUCUUUAGCACAUGAUGCUCUUCCAUUCUUUCGAGGACCAAUCGAUUGUUUUCGAUAUCUUUAUAAGUCGCGUGGAAUUCGUGGUAUCUAUAAAGGCCAAGGAAUCACAAUUAUACGUGAAUUUCAAGGAUAUGGCGUGUAUUUUCUCGUUUAUGAGUAUCUUACUCAACGCGCGAUGCUUAGAGAAGGAAAAAUGAGAAAUGAGUUGGAAGGAUGGAAGUCUUGUUUGUUUGGUGCUGCUGCAGGAUAUGGUAUGUGGAUAUCAAUAUACCCUAUUGAUGUGAUAAAAAGCAAAAUCCAAACAGACUUUUUGUCACCCGAAACAAGACAUUACAAAAGUUCGUUGGAUUGUGCACAAAAAAUAUUUGCUACCGAGGGACUAGCAGGAUUCUUUCGUGGAUUUGGCGCGUGUAUGUGGCGUGCUGGUCCGGUGAAUGCUGGAACAUUUGUCGCGUUCGAGUUUGCAAUGCGAGUUUUGGAUAAAUUGUAG